AGCGAGUCUCUGAAAUAUCUUAUUAUAUAAAUAUUUGAUUGAAUAGGAAGAUUUGUAUAUGUCGUCGUAUAGGUAGGUAUGCAUAUUUAUAUCUUAUCUGAAGCAUAUAAUGACUACGGAACCUUUCUAAAAAUAUUUCUUUUAUCAAUACUAUUUAAAAUUAUCACUUAAUCAAUAUAAGUAGGUACCAAGUAUACACCGCGAAUAGUAGUAAAGUUAUUAUAAAUAAACCUAAUUCGGCAAUGAGCGGUUGUAUUGGUUCCCAAAAAUGGCGAAAUUAAUUUCUCCUAUUAUCUUUGUCAUCUGUUUGUGUACAGUGGGAGCUUAUAUUGAACUCGAAGUUCCUCGCCAUGGAUUUGAUACGGAAUUAUAUCAGAAUGUAUUAGAUGAAGAGCUAUGUGAAGCGCAAUUGAGUUACUUACUAAACAACAAUACACUGCUGACAGCGGAAUUUCUUGAUGCAGGCAUCAGACUUCCGAGAGGCAUUUUACAAGGAAACUUUGUGGACCUCGGCUACUACCAUCAGUGUCUAGCAAUCAGUGAAAACUUUGAGCCAUCAGACAUAGAGGGAAAGUAUUGUAUGAUAAAUAUUCCAAUGGUUCAAGAUGAGUUAAACUUACCAGUUCUGCCAGAGUGGCAAGAAGAAGGUUCAAGAUGGUCCAUGGAAGGGCCCAAGCUUCCGUUGCUAGAACUUUUUUCAAUCACAAAACCACAUAGUGACAUGUUCAGAAAUCUACAAAAUGUGCGAACAGAAGCAGAAAAAUACAGUCGUAUGACUGGACCUGAUAUGGAUUUAAUGAGGGUAUCAGAAGACAGCUCGCUGGCUGAUGGAGUGUUCAAACUGGCAGUAUGCCUUCCUAAAGUUUGCUCACCUAAGCAAUUCAUCGACACCGUUUUCAUAAACACCACUAGCGUGGGUUUCAAACUCACGGAAGAAUUUUGCAGACUGAGAAAUGAUAAACCGUUUGCACCCGUUGAUUAUGCUGCUAUGGGAGUUUUUGGCUUCAUAAUCCUUAUUACUGUUCUUUCGACACUCUAUGAUAUAUAUUUUACCAUGAUAUGUAAGGAAGGUUCAAAAAAAGCCAAUACUCUGGGAAAAUCGUUCUCCCUCUAUACGAACACUCGUCGUUUGCUCACAUUCAACUCUGGCCCUGGAACUCUGGAGAGCCUGGAUGGAAUCAGAUCCAUAUCCAUGAUGUGGGUCAUCAUAGGCCACACUUAUGCUACCAAUGGAAGAUCACACUAUUUUAAUCCCCAAGAAAUGUUCAGGUGGAUGUUUUCAUUCUCGGCAAUUUGGAUCGUGGCAUCUCCCAUCUCAGUGGACACCUUCUUCCUGCUAAGUGGACUGCUGAUUGUGUAUACCACUGUUGGGAAGAUAAGUCCGAAGGGUCUGUUUAAAAAACUCCAUCUGUUCUAUCUUCAUCGUUUAUUGCGAAUGUUUCCCAUUUUGGCAACCGGCGUGUUCCUUCAAGCGUCGUUAUUCAACCAUCUCUCUGACGGCCCGGAGUGGCGCAUCGUAGUUGAUAAAGUGGAACGGUGUAGGACAUACUGGUGGGCUACCCUCACUUACGUGCAGAAUUAUAUAACGGAUAAACGGUGUAUUGGCCCUAGUUGGUACCUCGCUGUUGACAUGCAGCUGCAUAUACUCUCACCUUUAAUUUUAUUCUGGGUGCUUGGUACCAGAAGGUCGGCAUGGAUUGCAUUAACUGUUGUCAUGUUGGUCGUCAUGGUGGUAUCGACGACGUAUAACUAUUUAAACAAGUUCCAGACCGCAUCAUUUGUACCAACGCGAUCACAAGAAGAUUCCACCCACUAUUUACGAUACUAUUAUCACAACACUCUGACGAGAUGCUCGCCUUUCUUCGUUGGCAUGUUUUUUGGCUAUCUUCUUAAUAUGUUCAAAAACAAAGAAGUUCACAUGGCUAGAUGGUUUGUAGCAUUAUGCUGGUCCUGCGCCGUCGUGGUUUCCGCUGGCAUUAUCUACUCCUCAUACCCCGUUCUUCAGAUGGAUUGGGACAGCCUCUUUUGGGACGGCAUCAUUAACUCCUUUGCCAGACCCGGGUGGGCUGUGUGUGUUGGCUGGAUGAUAUUUGCAUGUACACACGGUUAUGGAGGUCCUGUCAACUGGUUCCUGUCGCUCCGUAUGUGGAAGCUGCCGUCUCGGCUUUCCUACGCGAUGUACAUCUUCCACUAUUCCAUAAUGGUCAUUGUCAAUAGUACUUCGGUGUCGGCGAGUCACUUCUCCGUUGAACGCUUAUUCUACCGAUUCUUAGCUGACUUCGUUUCGGUGUUUAUAAUCGCUUUCAUAGCGACCGUGCUGAUAGACUCACCUUUCUCUACACUUAUAAAGCUGGCGAUAGGAGGAAGUAAGACUGAGACGGUGAAGACCAAACAAGGGUGUGCAGACGAACAUAAACAGUAGUAACUUACUACUAGUAAGACUGUUCUUCGAUCUUCAAUUUGAUGAUCUGGGAUUUUUUAACUCUAUUUUUACUUACGGCCCGAUUCGAAGAAUGAUUAAGAGACGUUUAAGAUCUUGGAAAAAUCUUUAAAAGAUAGAUAACUAAACGACAUGACAAAAUUGACGUUUAAUUCGAUUCCGCUGUGAUCCCAAUAAGAUCUAUCUACUUACGAUAUUUCUAACGUCAAAGUGACAUUGGUUGCCCGAAUCGAGCUGUUUCUGUCAAUUAUACGACAUACCUACAAAUGAUAUCUAAAUGAGAAUUUAUCUGAACCAGAACUUAUCGCUAUCGUAUCUCAUUCUUCGAAUCGGGCCGUUACUUAUUUAAAACGUUAUAUUGCGGUUAGAUUCCGGUAUUUUGGGACGAUUUAUCGAAUUGCAUGUUCACAAACGUGCAGUUCGGUAAAUCGGCCAAGAUAAUCAGCAAUCUAAAGUUACCUAAUUUAAUUUAUGUAAUUUAUUGUGCGGAAGGUAACAUAACAUAGGUUGUAAGUUGAUACUAACAAAUAUGGACUGUAUUGUCUGAGAAUAAUUUUU